UUUGAAGCGGGACGUACUCCACCACUCGCUCCGAGUUUCAAAUUCUCUCUCUAGAAACCUUUCCGUUUCUCUCUCUUCUGUGGCCUUUCAAAUUCUCUCUCUAGGAUAUUUCUCUCUCCACCUUUCUCUUUUCCCCUCAACACACGGCUUUCUUCCUUUGUUCCCUUUAAAAUUCUCUCCAAAGUCUUUCUCUCUCCUCUUCCUACCUAAAAUUAGGGUUCGAUCCUUUGCAGGGUAUUAAUCGCCUGUGAGAAUUCGUUUGUACGAUCUCGUAGAGCUGCCAUUUCUCAAAGUUCAGACUGGUUUUUCGAGUUUGUGGCGGCCAUCUCCUGGCGUUUCCUUUUUCUUUUCUUGGGUUUUACUAUUAUUGGCUUAGGGUCCCUGACAUUGUUAGAUAUCGGUAAAUUGCUUCGUUUCGAUUUAGGGUUAGGGUUAGGUUUUUUGAUAGAUUGAUUGGGCUUAUUGUUUGUGGACCAUUUCUUCUUCCGCAUCUUCUUUUGAUUUUUCUUCUGUCCCCUCUUCUGGCUGUUCUUCUUCUCCAAUUUCCCUCUUCAUUUUUCUUUUAUUUUCCAUUGGCUUGCUGGGAUUAGAGUCCAGGAACAUUGGAUCUGGUGCCCUAACUGCAAAACCGAGAGGAUAAACCUUAAUUGCAGCGUCGGAUCUCCCCCGAACGGGAAUUUAAAGUUGUUUACCUAUUUGUUAUUGUUUCUCUAUCUCUGCAUUUUUUAAGUUUUUUUAUUUAUUUGCUGUUGAUUCUAUUUGUUUGUUGUUUCUAACCGGUUUUUGGGAGUUUUGUUGUUUUAGAAAACGUGUUACAUUGGCGCUUUUAUCUGCCUGAUUGUGCUUGGCUAUAGUUGUGGUCUGACCAUGCUCUGAGAUGCCGAGUUAGGGCGAGCGUUGCAUGAUCAAAAUUGUGCUUCAAGUCUUGUGCUAGUGAGGCAUGGGUCGGGAGACUCUGAUUUCGUAAUUGACGAUUGUACACUUUUGGCAGCUGCUAGUGAGGUCACCCAUGGGCUUUGAAGAUGAGCUCUACCAAGGCAAAUGCAUUGAUUCUGAUUUUGAGGGUGCAAUUUUCAUGUGCAACCGAUGGACGAUGAAAGAAUGUUUGAAACGGAACCUGUUUGGCCUUCCCGCUGCCUACGCAUCUUUUGUCUCAAAAAUUAAAGUUGGCAUGUUCUUGUUUCUUUUUGAACACGAGCAACGAAAGAUGUAUGGGAUAUUUAGGGCGUCUUCUGAUGGCGCUGUUGAUAUUGUACCCCAUGCAUUCAGAUCAUCAGGGAAACAGUUCUCAGCACAGAUUCGUUUUCAGAAGCUUUCGCCACACCUUGUACUUGAGGAACAUGAAUUCCGAACUGCAAUGAGUUAUUAUGCGGACAAAAAGUUCCUCCUGUAUUUGUCUGAAGAACAGGUUAAAGAGCUUAUUCAUCUCUUUUAUGAAAAGAAGGCUGAUUGUCUACCAAUGUCGGAUCCCAAGCUAAGAAAGAAUAGCUUCAAAGAAACUCAUCCGGUAAAAGUUAGGGUUUCUAGGAAAGGAAGGCCUGCAAUAGCAGGUAGUGCCAAUGAGCCUUGUCCCCUGUUAUCAGAGGAUCUUGAGCUGAAUGAUGAUGAGGGAAAUAAUACGGAUGCAUAUGAUCCAAAUAAUCCAAUUAUAGUUAGUGUUUCCGGAGGAGGAAGGUCUGUAACAGCUCGUGAUGUUGAGGACCCUAAUCUCCAAUUACCAAACUAUCUUGGGAAUGUUGACUUGAGAAACCGAUUCAAUGAGAGUCCAGUACUAGUUAAUGCUUGUAGUGAAAGGAGAUUUCUAACAAGUUCAAAUGUCAUAAACUCUAAUCUCCUUCAACGACAGGAAAUUGGCCUAAGCAAUGAGCCAAGGAACCGCAGUGAUGGAUAUGAGUCGGUUUUAGUUAGUGAGUCUAGGGAAAGUAGGCAUUUAACUGCCCAUUGUGCUGAACAUUUAUCCACUGUUCAGGAUGGAAAAGAACACUAUUGUCUUAGCCAUUACCCUGAUUCCUCUAGGUCAUAUCUCUUUGAUCCGAGGUAUAUCACCCAACCAUUUCUUCAGGCUGAGGGCUCCAGGCUUGAGCAUGAAUAUGAAGUCCCAUUUCUUCCUGGUGAGGUUCCUUCUACAACUCAAAUAGAUUCUACUCGGCGGGUUACUCCUGUUCAUGGGUGUAUCCCUGACCAAUUGAACCCUGAUUACAUUAGUCAGUCCACUAACUCUGAUAUGGAUCAUGACAGUGCUUUAGCAAAAGAAUAUCAAAGGACAUCAUGGGGUGUUGAGAUUCCAGGAAUUGGUAAUGUACCCUAUUCAUGCAUUUCCACUAGGGAUGGAGAUGCCUUUAACAGCAAACCCUGGGGCUGUGAUAUACCAAGUACUGAUGACUUGCACUAUUCAAGAGUUUCGUCUAUGGAUGGAGAUUGCUUUGGUUAUUUCCCCUCAAAGUAUGGGGAUGGCAUCUCUACUGGUCGUGAAUGUAUGUAUGGGUCAUGCUUAAUCCAUGGACGAGCAGGACACCAGUGUUUUGGUCAUCACACCUUAACAGGUUCACUUUCACAUAGUCUUAAGGCGAAAACUGUUGAUUUAAAUGGCUCAUGUGUGCUUGGACGCUCUGGUGAGUGUGAAGUGCAUGUGGCCACAUGUGGUGCCACUCUAGAAUCACUUCAGAGUGAUGGAUAUAAUGAAUUGAGGCACUCUCAUUUGGAGAUUCCUCAUUUGAUAUCUGAUGAAGAAUAUUUUCCACUGUCAAUUUCACCUUCCAACCGUGUUAGGAGAGAGAGUGUGUUUUCUCGCUUAUCCAAUGCUCCGCCUAGGCAUGUGAGGGCUGAUACACCAGAUGUUGAUUUGUCUGAGAGUGAGCUCUUGGAAAUGAUUGCUAGGAGGAGAGUGACAAGAAUGAGAUAUUGUGAAAAGCGUAAUGAAAAACACCCGUCCUUAAACUUGCGAGUCCAACUAGACGAUGGGUAUAAAACCCAAUCAACUAAUGUUGGAACUGACUAUGAGGGUGAAACCCAAUGGUCUAAUGUCGGAACUGAUUAUGGGGAUGAAAUCCAGUUAGUUGAUGAUGGAAUUGAAUUUGUUAUGGAAGAAGUCCAAGAGAACAUUGUUAAAUCAUAUCCAAAUUUCAAACGCAGGAGCAAAGUCCAGGAGAAGAAGAAGAAUGGAUCCAAUGCGUUUGCUGAGGAUCAAGAAGCCAUAGAGAGAGAAAUUAAGGGUACCACUUCAAAGAACAAGCGAAGGAAACUGGUCAGGCCAUUCCUUGGGGAUAUUGCGCAGGAUUUGGGCAACAGCAACAGUUUCAAAUGCACAGUAGAAGAAGGUUCCACUGAAGAAAAGGUUGAUGGGAUGAGUCUAGACAUUAAGGUGGAUAGUGCAAUCGUUUCAGUUAGUCAAGGGUUAGUUGGUAGCACAGCAGACAAUAUGGUUGAAAAGCUAAAGCAAUAAAAGCAGAUGAGAUAGCUGUGAUUAAGGAACUUAAGAGUUGUGGGAACAGUUUCUGAAGUUGCUCAUGGUGACAUUGGAUGUGUAGACGUUGAAGCGAUAAAAUCAGAUGAGAUGAUUCAAGAAGUUGAGGAGAGUAAAGCAAAGAAAACAGUUUCUGAAGUUACUCAUGGUGAAGUUGAGCAUGAAGAAGUUAAAGCCAUAAAGUCAGAUAAGAUGGUUCAAGAAGUUUAGGAAGUUAAGGCAGAGCAAGAGUUAUGGAGAUAUGCAUAGAGAGUUAUUUCAUCAGCAUUUUCAGUGUGAGGUCAAAGAAGGCUAGAAAGAUGCAUCUAAAUCUUGAAAGCUUUAGGUGAACAUAGCCUGUAAUUUUGGCUGUAAAUUUUUUCAUUGUGUACUUUCAGUAUCGUUCUUUUUUUUUUAGAAGUUUUUUGGUAUGGGUAGCAUGGAUUCGAGUCUUGAAUUUUAGCACUGAGGCCUUUAAGCCCAAAACAGAAGGCCAAGAGGCCAAGCGUAUGUAUCCGUUUUGUGGUGUCUAUAGGCUCAUGUAUUCCAUUUGUUCGCUUUAUUAAGCUUUGAAUGGCCAGCAUAGCUAAAAAUAUGAAGCUUUGACUGGCUGAUAGUAGAGGCAUGUUCAACUUUGGAUGUGAUGCUUCAUAAAACUCAUUGUGAUUUUGUUUCAAGGAAUGUUAAUAGUUGAUAAUGUAAUUCUAGUUUUUGAUGGCUGAAUAAGAAAGCAUGUUUGAAGUUAGGUGCCAAGUUUACUUGAGGGAUAUUUAUGAUAUUCUCUAUUCUGAACAAAAUAGGUGGUAUGCUACAUUCGUAUUUUUUUGAUAAGCUCGAACAGGUUUUUUGGAGGCUGUUAUCGGGGCUAGAAAAUAGCUUUUUCCGGAUAAUGAGAUAUGCAAAUCCUGGAUGUUGAGACAAUGCUGUUUGGAUAGCUCUUGUAUGCAACCUAGGAUAUUGCAAAUCCCCAGGUUGGACUAUCUGUUUGUAAAACCUAGAUUCAUGGGUUUCAUGCUCACACAGGUUACCCAUUCAUACCAAAUUUUGUUGCUAUCUAUCUGUCCAAUGAAGAUGAAUUUUUGAGAAGAAUCCAUUCUUCUAAAAAGUUCCCCAUUUUAUUAUCAAAAUUAAAGUCAUUUUUAUAUUUUAGAUUCAAGUCCCACAUUCUGAACGUGUGAUUACAUUUUAAUUUUAGUUUCUUUUCUAUA